AUGUCGAAGUCUCUCGAUAUUGUCAUCGUCGGUGCCGGCAUUGGCGGCUUGACGUUGGCUAUAGGCCUGGAACACCGGAACAUCCCCUAUACUCUCUAUGAAGCUGCCACACAGUUCAGCGCUAUCGGUGCCGGUGUUGGCCUUGGCCCCAACGCUCUACGUGCCAUGGCUAUCAUGGACCCAGUGCUGCGUGAGAUGUAUAACGGAAUAUCCUCCGGAAAUCUGACGCCAAAUAAGGAACACGUUGCCAUGGAUGUGAUGUACGCUGAGGAAGGACUAGGUGAAAAACAUGGCUGGCAGCCUGCUCCAUUCGGCGCCGAGUGUUACGAGCGUACCAGUGCCCACCGCAAGGAUUUGCUGGAUAUCAUGACCAGCCGCAUUAACCGAGAACGAGUACGAUUCGGCAAGCGCGUAGACUCCGUUCGUCAGGAUGAGAAUGGAGUGACUAUUACUUUUAAGGAUGGUGAGACUGUGCAGGCCGACCUUCUCAUCGGUGCAGACGGUAUCAGGGGACCAACACGCCAGGCUGUGCUGGGAGAGCAGUAUCCUGACAAAGUCUCUGCGACGUACAGUGGUAAAUACGUCUACCGGUCGAUUGCACCCAUGAAAGAGGCGCUGGAUAUCCUCGGCCAACAUGCAGGUGAUGCACGUACAUUCCUGGGACCAGGAGUCAAUUUCAUCACAUAUCCCAUCUCGAGGGGCACGGAAUACAACAUGGUCGCUAUCAAAGUAACUGACGAGCCUUGGUCCCUCCCACAAUGGACACAGGAAGUAACUCGUGAAGAGAUGGCUGCUGACUUUGAGGGAGUUGAUCGACGGAUUGUGAAGUUGCUAGAUUGGGCACAACCUCUACGAUGGGCACUAUGGCACCACUACGACACGCCUACCUACUACAACGACCGUAUCUGCCUCCUUGGUGACUCUGCCCACGCUACUACUCCACAUCAGGCUUCAGGAGCUGGCCAAUGUAUUGAGGAUGCGCUUGUGAUGUCUCACUUGUUAGGGCUAAUCCAGCACCGCAAGCACGUGCCAUAUGCUUUCAAGGUGUACGACGCUUUACGGCGCCCACGCGCACAAAAGGUCGUACAAACGAGCCAAGAACUUGGUAAAAUAUACACUUUAACGUCUCCAGAGCUAACCGACAUGGAUUCCAUUGUUGAAAAUCUUAAUCACCGUUUCCUGUGGAUCUGGGAGCAUGAUAUUGAAGGCGAUUUGAAGACAGCUACUGAACAGUUCAAGGCUCUGGUGGAGGAAGCAAGGUUAUAA